AUGAUUGUUUCUGAGAAAGAAAUUUUAGAUAGGAUCUUAGAAUCAUUGAAUGAAAACCAGAGAGAGGCUGUCACGUCUCCGUGUAAUGGAAGAUUGCAAAUUAUUGCUGGUCCAGGUACUGGUAAAACCAAAGUUUUAGUUUCCCGUGUUGCACAUUUGUUGAUAGUUGAUAAAGUUAGGCCAGAUAAUAUGAUUGUUACCACAUUCACUAAAAAAGCAGCAAAUGAAAUGACUGAUCGUUUGCACAGAUUAUUGGCUGGCACAAACAUAAGUGUUGAUAAGUUGAUAAUUGGUACUUUCCACAGUGUGUGCUACAGGAUCAUCAAAAGGUACGGGAAAUUUUUGGGUUUGGAGAAGCAUACGAUUGCCGAUGAAACAGAUAAAAGACUGAUUAUGAAAAAAAUUAUCUCUGGUUUACAACCUUCAGAAUUAACUAUGUUACAAAGAAUGUCACUGGCAACAACAUCACAGUUUACAUCGGGUAAGGUUCUUAAUUCCUACAAAGAUUUUGAUUUGGAUUCAAUCUCGAAGCAAAUAUCAAGUUUGAAGUCGAAGGCAAUACUGUUGGAAGCCUAUGCAAAGAGCCCUAAGAGAAAUAAGGCUCUAGUUUUUUUCUAUCAAAAGUACGAAUCAGCUUUGACUGAGAAUCAAAAGCUUGAUUUUGAUGACUGUUUGAUGAAGUGUUUUCAAUUGAUUAAAGAAUACCCCGUUUUAAAUUACGUCAAACACGUUUUGGUGGAUGAGUUUCAAGAUACAAAUGAAAUUCAGUUGCAAUUGAUGUAUCGAUUUGCUCAAGGUCACGUAUCAAAUCCGGAAUUUCAGCAUAAUGUUACUAUUGUUGGCGAUCCAGACCAAAGUAUUUAUGCAUUUCGUCAUGCUCAAUCGGCAAACUUUAAAAAAAUGGAAAAAUAUUAUGAAAAAAUGAAUCUUUCUGUAUCUCAAAUUACGUUGAAUGAAAAUUAUCGUUCAACCUCGGAUAUUUUGCAAUAUUCAGAGUCUGUUAUGCGUCAACAGAAAGAUCGACACCAGAAGAAUUUGCGAUCCCAAAAUGAUGUAUCUUUCAAACCUGUUUACAAGGUACUUGAUACACCAGCCGAACAAGCCCGAUGGAUAGUAUAUGAAAUCGAGCAAUUAUUGGCAUUACCAAACUCACCUAUUAAAUUUGAAGAUAUUGCAAUUUUAUUUCGUGCUUCUAGUCAAACCAAGAUAGUGGAAGAUGAGUUGAGGUUGCGCAAAAUUCCUUACCGGUUGAUUCAAGGUAGAUCAUUUUGGGAAAGAAAAGAAGUGGUAUCAACUAUGGAUUAUUUGAAGGUUUGUGGUGAUGAAAAUGACUUGUUUUCAGUUCUUCGAACUAUAAAUUUCCCAGCAAGACUGUUAGGGGAAAAAACAGCUGGCCCAAUUAUUGCUUUUAUUGAGAAGAACAUAAAAAAUGGUUUGUCGGUACAUGAUUGUUUGCGAUUGGUUGCUAACGGGAAAGAUGGACUGAAAUUAUCUACUAGAACCCGUAAUAUUCUUAAGGGAUAUGUUAACAUAAUUGAUACGGCUCAAGAAAGGAUGAAGAUUAUGGAAACGUGUUCAGGUGAAAGUUUAAGACAUGAAGCAGCGCGUUUAUUUCAAGACAUAUAUGAUGGUUCAACUUUGGAUAAGGAAUUCCGGAAAAAUGCAAAAGACUAUGAGGAAAGACGAAUGAAUGUUGAGGAACUUUCUAAACUGUUUAUUGAAUUUGUUCCUCGGGAAGAGACUUUGCCUCCUUACAACGGUGAAAUAGAUGGGGAAUUUACUCCAGAUAAGCGUAAUUUCAUUAUGCAGUAUAUUGAAUCUAUUGGAUUAUUUGACUCUAGUGCUGUGACUGAGCUGGGGGAAAACAAAGGCAUCGAAAAUGAAGAGCAAGGUGAAAAUUCAGUUGUUCCUGAAUUCAAAGGAAUAUCAUUGAGUACCAUUCAUGGCUCAAAGGGGUUGGAAUGGCCAGUUGUUUUUGUUCCUGGUUUAUCUGACGGAAUUUUACCAGCUAGGUUUGCUGUCAAUUCUAAUGGCGACCCUUCAAAGUCAGCAGAGCUGAUUAAUGAAGAACGUAGAUGCUUUUAUGUUGCUACUACUAGAGCUAAGACGCUUCUUUAUAUUUCAGGUUAUCUGCUGGAUUCAGGUUAUCUGUAUGGUUCAAAUUAUUCAAGAACUUUUCAUUGUCCACCAUCUAGAUUUAUUACAGAUAUUGGCGACAAUAUUGUGUCACAGAUGAAGCAGUAUCAAUUAGCUUUCAAGAACAUGGCCAAUUUGGAGAUGUUAUAUAAACUUUUAAAGAAGGAUGAGCUUUUUGACAAAAAUUUCCCUGUGGAUAAAUUUUAUAAAACCUACAGGACAGCGUUCAAAAUCUAUAGACGCGGUGCUCCUAUGAAUUUUGUAAUCAAACAAGAGGAGUAUGAUACUUUAACAAAUAAACUGGACGUCAGUUUGUUUGGUGGGUUCCAGACUGCCAAUAAUGUUACGCCUCAAAUAUCAAACAAACGCAAAGCUGUCGUUGCAACGAAACUAAACAAGGCACCUCCAUAUAUUCCUAGUAGACCACUGAAAAAGGCAAGGAUAGCUGCUGUUAAGAAUAGACUGUCAUCAACAAGAAACGAAGGUCUUACAACCUCCACAAACACAUUAGUUUCCCAUUCUGGUGUGAAUAAGCCUGAUAUUGUUGAAAGUUUACGUCUUGGCUCUAUGGCUGUCAAAAUUCAGGUGCAUAAACCUGGAGAUCAGAAAGUUGAUAAGCCUGUGGAGAAUACAUCCAAUAUUGGAUAUUUUGAGUUGUCGGAUGAAGAGUAA